AUACACACACACACACACCGAGAGGACGAUGAGGAGACGCUGAUAUUAUAAACACACAGACAGAGAGGACGAUGAGGAGACGAUCACUACAGGACUGCUGAUCUACUGAAAUCACCAGCACUUACUGUUGUGUGUGUGUUUGCAGAUGAGAUGAGUUCAGCUCUCAUUCACGAUAAACUCUUCAUUAAGACCUUCUGGGAGCAGAAAAUCCACAGUCACCAUCAUCUGACAGAAGCAGAAGAGGACAGAAUGAAGAAGAGCGCACUCACCAAGCUGCGUGACGAGUGGCUCACGAGAUUGGAGACUCGGACCAAACAUCUGAAGAAUUUUGGCGACAAUCGAGGCUCAAAUCCAGCGAGCGUCUGACAAAACCCCCUCAGUGUGAUCUGAACAGAUGAGAAGAGCUCAAUAAACACACGAGUGUCUCCGA